AUGAUAGCCAACGCACCUGUCGUUGAAGAUUCAAUCCCGUCCAGCGCGUCAUCGGAGGAUGGAUGUUCUUUGCUGGUAUCCCUGCAAACUAUGUGUGUCGUUCAUGCUUCCCCGACUACCAAAGAUACCCUUGGAUUUUCCGAGCAAAUGCUUUGCUCCAGGUCAUUUCUUGACUACAUCUAUCCCCGCGAUCGUUUCACGUUCACCUCGGAGAUUACGUCCAUCAUGCGAGCUUUGGGCGAAGGAAAAUCGUCUCCCGAAAGCUGCACGUUUUAUAUCCGCGUGAGGGGAUUCAAGAGCUUGGACAUUGCUGGGUUUGAUGUCAAAACCAAACGAACCGUUUAUAAGCCGUUCCAUGGAACUAUGCAAAUUAAGGUUGUGAAGCCCGAACCAGAGCCUGGCAAGGAUGCUUCCAUGGAGGAGCCUGAGUAUUAUACCCUGCUGAAGCUAGUCCCAAUUAGAAGUGCUUAUGAAGAAGGGAAAGAUCCAGUUGGCUCCUUUGGGACUCGCCACACAUCAAGCUGCCACUUGAGUCACGUUGACCCGGCUGCUAUACCGUAUCUCGGGUACCUACCUCAGGAUCUGAUUGGUAAUUCUAUCUUCGAAUAUUACCACCCGGAAGAUUUAAGCUACCUCAAGAAAGACUUCGAGAGCGUUUUGCAAAGAGCUGGUGCAACUUGUUCGGGUGCACGAUCUCGGUUCAGAGCUCAUAAUGGCUGCUACUUGGUACUCAGCACGGAUUGGUCUUGUUUCGUCAAUCCUUGGACUUACAGGCUGGAAUUCGUCAUUGGGCAACACAGGGUUGUCGAGACUCCAUCAAAUUCCAACGUUUUUCUGAUCCCAAAAGAGACGGACGCUUUACUUUCUGAUGAAGUGCUGCAAGAAACAUCGACGCUGCAAGAAGAAAUUCUGGCUUUAUUGAGCAAGUCACUGCGGUUGGAUCAGAAGGGCACUUCCGCUGCGACGGAUCAAAACAAUUUCCGGAAGGAAAUUACUCGUGUCAACAAUAAUGUCAUGCCUCCAGCGGAGGAAAAGAAAGCUGACAACAGUGGACCUGAUCGCUGCAAUAGCUCUUCUCCGCAAGAAUCUGUUUUGACGGGACACGUUUCUCCGUUGCAUGAAGAGCAGGAAGGAUCCAGAAGCAACACUUCUGGCUCAAGCACAACCACUUAUAAUCAGCUGAAUUAUCGGGAAAGCAUUUUGAGACGUGAUGUGCUAAUUGUACGAACCAUUUUCGAACAGAGCCAGCAGAAAGCAGGAGGUACGACGGAGGAUCCUUCCAGAAACAACAGCGUGAACCGACUAAAACACGUACCCUUUGAAUCAAAUGCGCUUUCGACGGAUGAGGAAGUUAAUGCCAUGGAUUCUGUUUCCAACAUCCAGGUUGCCUCCAGGUCAUUCAAGGCAAUUCUGCCAUUUUCAUCAACAGCCGCCUUCACAGCCGCCAAAGUGGCGGCCAAUGUGGCAGCUGUGAAGGCGGCUUUUGAUGAAAAUGGCGGGAUUGCCUUGGAUGACCUGGAGGCAACCCUUAGAAAGAAUGCCAAGCUGAUUUUAAAAAUUCUGAGGAGAAAGCUGGGCUCGAAGAAGAACAGCAACAACGAGAGCUCCUCCAACAACGUGAGCCACGUGUCAUCGUCCAACGAGAUCAUGGAAAUGGGCACCAGCGUCAGCAAGAAUUCCCUGCAGCGCAGCAUGCAGAAGAUGAACCACUCGUCCGAUCAUUCAGAAAGACACCAGCCCCAUCACAUCCCCAUCGUGUCACCAUCAUCAGCAGCCGUCGUCGAAACGUUGCAGAAGCACACGAAAAUGGAAAGCAAGUUGUUUGUGAAGCAGCACAGGCCCGUGAGGCCGAAAACUGCGCGCAGAAUGCCAUCAGCAGUGGCGCCGCGGGCUGCCGUGCAAAUUAUUUCCGCGGCGACGGCGGCGGACUUGAAUUGGCGGCAUCACAGAGGCUUGAAACGUCCUCAUGCUGAAGACCAUGGUUCCAUGGGUAGAUUUGGACAAGGCAACCCGAAACGGCCGUACCAUAAUGUUAUGGAUGCCAGCACUAGGAGAAUGGAGGAAAACUUCCACCCGGGCAACAUGAGCUACUAUCAGACGAGAAAUCAAGUUUUCGAGAUUCCUCAAGUUCCAACUGCAUACGCUACUCCGCGGGUUACCUUGCCGAUUCAACAAGCUAUGGCUGCUCCUCUGAAGCUCCAACCUGCAACUUUGCGAAUUCCUCAAGUGUACGGUGUUCCUGCAAACCAGGCUGUGGUUACUCUUGUACCUGGAUUGUGGGGCAACCAAUCUGAUCCCAGCAUUGCUGUGCAUUCCCCUGUGCAGCAGACAAUGGCAGGCCAGAUGAACUUGCGGACACUUGGGGUUCACUCAGAUGCCUUGCCAAGCUGCAUGCCUCAUCAGUCAUCACUGCCUGACAUACCUAUGGAAGGAUCUCACACAACUUCUUUGAAAGCUGAGCCGGGCUCUGGAAAGGAAAGUGGUGCUCCAUCACCCUUGCAAUUCCCAAAGGAUUCUGAUGAUGACCCAGAAGAAUUGCUGAGGAGCAGAGAAGACAAGGCAGACGGAGAGUGUCCCAGCUGCAAGCAGCACCAGUGCGGCGGCAUGCACAGCAGCAGCAGAAUCAUAAGGUCUCCACCGGCCCCAAGAUGUCGCCUGCUGAGCGACUCAGUUGCUCUUCCGGGGUCUUCGUCGUUUCGCAACGAGGACAUGAUGAUGCCACCAUCAGCACUCAAUUACAAGUCGCCAACACACAAGCGAAAUGUGCGACUGAUGUCGAGAAAUAAUAAUGAUGCUCCUGCUAAUAGUCUCGCGCGGAGCAAAGAAAUAAUGCCGGAUUCGAAUGAAGACACCUACUCGUUUUCUUUGAGCGAUGGGUCCAGUGUUGAAUCCAAAUACCUGUCCAGUGGGUCAUCAUCGGGCUCGGUGAUGAAGCGCAAGAGGACCAACUUGCCUCCUUGGAUGGAAGGAGUCGAAUUCGACGAGAGUACUGCAUUCCAGUACACCAUGCCUGUGGAAACGAUGAAUGAUGUUUUGCGGCACGACAGAGAAGCCCUUGACUCGAUGCAACAGGGCCGACGCCGAAGGCCGCUCUUUGAGCCGCUUGGAGCGGCGACUCUGGUCGCCUCUGGUCGUCGGGAAGCCAGCAGGGGCGGCGUCCUUCGGUCGACGAACACGAUGACCGCCCUCGGCGCUACUGCUCCUUCUGUUAUCACUGCUCUCACUACGUGUAGAGUCGGGGUCAUCAUCGGCGAGCUCUGCCGACAGCGUGAAGCCAACAGUGGGUUUGCCGGAAUGAAACUGUUGUGUGUUCGCUACAAAUUCGUGAACGGAAUCAUGUACGACCCGACGAAAUCGGGCUAUCCCGGACCACCAGGUUAUCCGCCUCAGGGCGGAUUCCCACCUCCUCAGGGCGGAUUCCCACUUCCUCAGGGUGGGUUCGCACCACCUCAGCCGGGGUUCGCACCUUCUGCGUAUGGGCAACAGGCGCCGUAUCCUCAGCAGAUGCCGUAUCCGCAACAAUCUCCAUAUCCGCAACAAGCUCCGUAUUCCCAAGCAUUCGGGGUUCCACCAGUUGCUUUUCCGGUUGUGCAGGCUCAGGAUGUCAGCCGAGGCCCUACAUACAUGGCUGGGGGGUCUGCGAAUCAAGAUACUGAACCUGGACCGGCUGCGUUUGGGUCAUCCUUUGGAGAAAAAGCAGUUCGCCGAGCAUUCGUUCGCAAGGUUUACGGCAUCCUCAGCGUCCAGCUCUUGACGACACUCGCUUUCAUCGCGGUGACGUUUCUUGGAACGUACAUUGCGUUGAUGUGCUGCCCGGGCGUCAGAAGGAAAUAUCCGACGAACAUGAUAGUCUUGGCUGUAUUCACGUUGGCCAUGUCCUUCAUGACAGGGGCAAUUUCAUCCGUGCAUAACACCCAGAUCGUUCUCAUGGCAGUCGCCAUCACAGCCGGAGUUACGAUCCUUGUCACUGUCGUCGCCAUCACCACCAAGUUCGACGUCACGGGCUGCGGGAUGUUCUUAUUUGUCGCCAGCAUGGUUGUCCUGGUGUUCGGCCUGAUAACCAUGGUGGUUUUCUUUGUGGAUCGAGAUAGUCACAGGGUCAUGUCCGUCGUUUACGGCGGAUUAAUCGCCCUGCUGUUCUGUAUGUACUUGAUGUACGACGUACAGCAAAUCAUGGGAGGACGAAGGAUCGAACUGAGUCCCGAGGAGCACGUUUACGGAGCCAUCACGCUCUACGUUGACAUCGUUGCCUCGGAAAUCAUGGCCGAUCCUGGGAAAAUUGGCUAUCCAGGCCCGCCUCCAGCUCAAGCUCAGUAUCCCGCUUAUCCUCCUUCUUACUCUCAGCAGCAGCAGCAGUAUGGCCAACAAACACCAUAUCCAUCAUCUUACAACCCUCAGCAAGCUCCCUAUGCACAGCAGGCUCAAAAUUACCCAAAAGUUGAUUUUCAAGGACCUCAAAUUCAGGAUGCCACAAGAGGACCAGUUUACCAACCAGGAGAACAAAGAGAUCUGGAAGCGAUGCCUGAAGGUUACGGCCUCUCGUUUGGGAAUCAGGCUGUGCGACGGGCCUUUGUGAGGAAGGUUUACAGCAUUCUCAGUCUUCAGCUCCUGACCACUUCGGCAUUCAUAGCCAUGUUUGUUUUCAAUGUUGUGUUCUUUGCCACAUACUUGUCCUUGGUUUGUGUGCCGAGCCUGCGGAGGAACCAUCCAGCCAACUUGAUUGUACUGGGAAUCUUCCGAUUCAGUCAAGUUCUGGUUCGUUCGGAACGCAUGGGCUUACAUUGUGUCGUAACCCUGGCCAUGUCCUUCAUGAUCGGCGCCAUUUCCGCAUUCCAUAAUGUCGCUGAUGUGUUCCUGGCUGUGGGUAUGACUGCGGGUGUAGUAGUCCUGCUGACUCUGCUCGCCACAACGACCAAGGUUGACGUGACCGGGAUGGGCAUGUACUUGUUCGUGGCCGGUUUAGUUGUGCUGGUUUUCGGCGUUGCGACCAUGAUUGUUUACUAUGUGGACCAGGAUGCGCACAGGAUCAUGUCAGUUGUCUAUGGAGGACUCACUGCACUUCUGUUCUCUAUGUAUUUAGUUUUCGACGUGCAACAAAUCAUGGGUGGAAGGAAGAUCGAGCUGAGCCCCGAGGAGCAUAUUUACGCCGCCAUCACGCUCUACCUGGACAUCAUUUACAUAUUUCUAGGACUGCUUCAGAUCAUUUCUAGGACAAAAGUUUCCAUGAAAGGCCAAUCGAUCACUAGAGCAUUUCUCUCCGCUGUGAUGCCAGCCAUGAAGUAUUUGUUCCUCCGCGUUCUGUACACACAUUCUCAGAGCUGCCAUGAGUGA